AUGAAGUUCCUGUGUUUGGUUGCCCUCGUUGGGGUAGCUGCUGCCAUGAGAGAUCAGUCCAUUGCUGUCAAAGGCAAGCUUUUAUGUGGAAACAAGGAAGCAGCUAAUGUUCGCAUCAAGUUAUGGGAAGAGGAUUCAGGACCAGAUCCAGACGACUUGCUCGACCAGGGAUACACAGAUGCUAAAGGAGAAUUCAUGCUUUCUGGAGGAACUGCUGAAUUAACUCCAAUCGACCCUGUUUUCAAAGUAUAUCACGAUUGCGACGAUAUUAUGCCUGGAUCUCGUAAGGUUAAAUUUGCUCUCCCUAAGAGCUACAUCACUAAUGGACCAACACCCAAGAAGACUUUCGACAUAGGAGUCAUCAAUCUUGAAACUAUCUUCAUGAAGGAAGAGCGUGAGAUGAUUGUCUCCAGAAAGAGAAGAGCUCAUCGUCACAUCUUGGAUGAUGAUCAUGACGAUUAA